UUUUGGAAAGUUCCAACUCAUCCUCUCGGCCCCCAAGGAAAUCUCAAGGGAUUCCAGGAGACAAAUUUUCUUCUCAUGGCGCCGGAUCUCCGUGCCCCCUUCAUGCUCUGGCUCCUGGCCGCCUGCCCCGCGUCCGGGCAAAAGGGAGAUGAGAAAUAUCCUGUGGUCAACACGAACUAUGGCAAGCUGCGCGGCGUGAAGAAAGACCUGAACAAUGAGAUCCUGGGCCCCGUCGUACAGUACCUGGGGGUGCCUUUCGCCACCCCGCCCAUAGGAGAGCGCAGGUUUCAGCCGCCCGAGGCGCCGGCAUCUUGGACGGAAGUACGGAAUGCCACGACCUUUGCCCCCGUUUGCCCGCAAAACUUGCACGGAAUGUUACCUGGAAUUAUGCUGCCUUUAUGGUUCACCGAGAAUAUGGAUGUGGUGGCCGGAUACGUACAAAACCAGAGUGAGGAUUGCCUGUACCUCAACAUCUACGUCCCCCUGGAAGAUGGUGAGCAUGCGAGAAAAGAAGGUGAAGAGGUGUUAAAGGGGGGAGGAAAUAGUGAUGAAGAUAUCCGGGACAGCGGCAAGAAACCCGUCAUGAUGUUCAUCCACGGAGGAUCCUACAUGGAAGGGACGGGGAACAUGUUCGAUGGCAGCGUGCUGGCCGCGUACGGCAACGUCAUUGUAGUCACUAUGAACUACCGGCUGGGAGUCCUUGGGUUCAUGAGUACGGGGGAUCCGGCGGCAAAAGGUAAUUACGGCCUUUUGGACCAGAUUCAAGCGCUGCGAUGGCUAGAAGAGAAUAUUGGCCAUUUUGGAGGGGACCCAGAAAGAAUAACCAUCUUUGGGUCAGGAGCUGGAGCAUCUUGUGUCAGCCUUCUCAUCCUGUCCCACCACUCUGAAGGUCUCUUCCAAAAAGCCAUUGCGCAGAGCGGUACGGCCAUAGCUAGCUGGUCGGUCAACUAUGAGCCCCUGAAGUACACUCGCAUGUUGGCGGCCAAGGUGGGGUGCGACUACCCCGACAACACUGAGAUGGUCAGCUGCCUUAGGCGGAAGCCGUACCGAGACCUGGUGGACCAGGACAUCCAGCCGGCCAGAUACCACAUCGCUUUUGGUCCCGUUGUGGACGGAGACGUUGUUCCCGACGAUCCAGAGAUUUUGAUGGAACAAGGAGAGUUCCUCAACUACGACAUACUGAUGGGGGUGAACCAAGGCGAGGGCCUCAAAUUUGUAGAGGACACGCUGGAGAGUGAGGACGGGAUAUCCGCCAGCUACUUCGACUUCACGGUGUCCAAUUUUGUGGACAACCUCUACGGCUACCCAGAGGGUAAAGACGUGCUGCGCGAGACCAUCAAGUUCAUGUACACCGACUGGGCCGACCGCGACAAUGGCGACAUGAGGAGGAAGACUCUGCUGGCUCUUUUUACAGACCAUCAGUGGGUGGCGCCGGCCGUGGCAACAGCUCGCUUCCACGCAGAGUACGAAUCGCCGGUUUUCUUUUAUGCCUUUUACCAUCGCUGCCAGGCGGAGGGGAGGCCGGAAUGGGGCGAGGCAGCCCACGGUGACGAAGUGCCCUAUGUCUUCGGCGUGCCCAUGGUGGGGGCUACAGACCUGUUCCCCUGCAACUUCUCCAAGAAUGACGUCAUGCUGAGCGCCGUGGUUAUGACCUACUGGACCAACUUUGCAAAGACUGGGGAUCCCAACCAUCCGGUUCCUCAGGACACCAAGUUCAUUCACACGAAACCCAACCGCUUCGAGGAGGUGGUAUGGACAAAGUUUAACCCUAAGGAGAAGCAGUACCUACACAUAGGCCUAAAGCCUCGCGUGCGGGACAACUACCGCGCCAAUAAGGUUGCCUUCUGGUUGGAAUUAGUCCCUCACCUUCACAACCUGAACACGGUCGGGCACCCUUCGACCACCACGAAAUUACCUCCCUACAGCACCCGCUGGCCAACCAGGAUAACCGGUAGCAGUACCACCCGACGGCCUCAUGCCACACCUACAACUGAAGAUAAUGGUGAUGUGGUGGAGCGACCUCGAUAUCCCCCUUUCCCUGGAGUUUCCCGGGACUAUUCAACUGAGCUGAGUGUGACGGUAGCGGUUGGAGCUUCUCUCCUCUUCCUCAACAUCCUGGCCUUUGCUGCUCUUUAUUACAAGAGAGAUCGCCGUCAUGAAGUCCGGCAUAGGCGACACAGUCCCGGGCGAGGAGGAGCUCCCGGCAAUGACCUGGCACACCAUGGACCAGAAGAAGAACUGAUGUCCCUUCAGAUCAAGAGGGGCGGAGGAGCUCCUGAUCUUGAGCCUUUAAGGCCACAUGACAUACUGCGCCCAGUUUGCCCUCCCGACUAUACACUGGCAUUAAGAAGGGCCCCUGAGGACUCUCCGCUUCCACCACCACCCCCACCUCCUGGCUCUGUCAUGGCUCCAAACACCAUCUCGGGCCUACCUUCUUUACAUCCCUUCAAUACAUUCCCUACCACUGCUCACAACAAUACCCUGCCCCACCCGCAUUCAACCACAAGGGUAUAGUGGUACCAGGCAUCUCUCCCUCUGCCCAUACGUUGCCCCAUCUCCCCCUUCCUCUCGCGAACAGCAACAUUGGGUAUCUGGGCCUGCCAAGCCUGAGCUGGAUUUUGCCUUAUGGCAGGGGAUGGGGGUAGAUGAAAUAACUUGUUUAUUAUGAGGGGGACAGAAAGGAACUACCCAGUCUCCCCAUGCCCCUUCUCCUCCUCAGGCUUUAGAAACUGCUCCCAAGAUCGACAUUCAGGACUGUGACACCUGGACUUCAUCUUCUGCCUACGUCAUGGGGGAAACAGGGUCGAAAAAAACAAAACAAAAACAAAAACACGAUGGGGCAGUUAUUUAAUGGGAUGUAGGGAAAGAUAUGAUGUUUUGAUCCAAUAAAUUAUACCCCCCUGUUGGGGGAGAGUUGCUAAAGGAGGAAGAGAGGCCUAUGUGACUAGGCCGAAGCCUCCAACUGACUCAACUUGUACACCUGCUUUAUUUUUAUUCACGGACAAUAUCCAACAGACGGGGGAUGUUUCGCUAGACGCAGGCCUCACACAGAUAGCCUGCGUCUGGUGCGCUCAAUGCACUGAACCUUCAAGGACUCAACUGCUCUUGAACAGCCGGAAAAAAAAAUUGCCGUCACCAGAAGAGGGGAACAUAAGAGCUGUCCCCUACAAUGGAAAAAAAAAAAGGGGGGGCAGGGGGUGAAUGUACACGGGGGGGGGGUGAAUGCAUGAGAGGCCAAAAUAAGCCCCUCCCCCCCUUAA